AUGGCAGCAUCAAUUCGUGCCCUAGCGGCAACAGCCCAUGUAGGCCCUGCCGCCGCCGCUACCGCCAGAAUACACACGACGGCGCGGCGGCGCACGGUGGGACACAACAAGGAGACGGUGCCGGACUCGGCGCCGACGACCGACUUUGACCGCAUGGACAUGCUGGGGCAGACGCCGGCGCCCGCCACCUCAGUCGACGUGUGCAUGUCGGACGGCUUCGUGCUCAACUCGGGCAUCACCAUCCUCGGCGGCGCCGGCGCCCUGCUCGUCGCCGGUGACGCCUUCGAGUGGCGCCCCUGGCGCCCCGGCCACCGCCUACUCAACGACAAAGGCCAGUGGGACCUACACCCCGACGCCCUCGGCGUGCUCGCCCUCGUCUGGCCCCGCCCCGACCUGCUCGUUCUGGGCCUCGGCCCAGACAUACGGCCCCUCAGCCCAGACACCCGCCGCCUUAUUGCUAGCCUCGGCAUGCGCGUCGAGGUCCUCGAUACACGCAACGCCGCGUCGCAGUUCAAUAUGCUCGCUACCGAGCGCGGCGUGCGCGAUGUAGCUGCAGCCCUGGUCCCUAUCGGCUGGCGCGAGGGCAUCGGCGCUGUCUGA